AUGGACGUCUUAGAACAAAAUGGAAUCGAUCUCAAAAACUGCAGAGGUCAAGGAUAUGACAAUGGAGCGAACAUGUCCGGUAUAUACAAAGGAGUACAGGCAAUUAUACUGCAAAAAAAUCCUCAAGCUCUCUAUAUGCCAUGCAGCGCUCAUAGUCUCAACCUUGCUGGUGUUCAUUCUGCUGAAUCUUCGGUUGAAGUCAAUAACUACUUUGGCCGAGUCCAGUCACUUUACAAGCUUUUCAGUGGAAGCCCUAGUCGGUGGAAAGUCUUGAUUGAAACCACUGGUUUGUCCCUUCAUCAAACGUCGCAAAUCAGAUGGUGUGCGCGAAUCGAGGCCGUGAAGCCGUUAGUCAAGCGACCCAGGGAAAUCCUCGAAUCUUUGAAAAAGCUCCGCGAUUUUGAUCUAACAGCUGAUCAAUUGAAUGAAGUAAAAUCUCUGGAGAAGUGGGUUCAUUCAUUCGAGUUCAUUGUAAUGACAACCUUUUGGUAUAAAACUCUUCAAUCAAUCAACUACGUGAGCCUUGCACUCCAAUCAGAAAAUAUCUCCUUGGACGACGAGAUGAAACUCAUUAAGACUCUUAUUGAAGAUCUAAAUCGACUGAAAUCAUCUUGGACCAGCAUCCUUAAUGAGGCACGUUUGAUAGCAUCUGGUCUUGCUUCUUCUGGUUUUCAAUCAGAAUUUGUGAAGAAGAGGACGAAAAAAAGGAAGACCAUUCACGAAGAGGUGAGGAACACCGCUCAUUUCCAUGAAGACAAAGCAAAAGAGUUUGAGGUAAGCGUAUUCAAUACCGCUCUUGAUACUCUUAUUCAGCAGGUCAGCGAUAGAUUCCAAGCUGCUGAGAAGACGACGAAUAUGUUUUCGUUCUUGUGGUCAUUGAAAUCUCUUGUUAUGUCAAAUGAAGAAGAAUCAGAAGAAAUUGAUGAAGCACCUAUCCAAUUGGAGGAGAAAUGCAAGGUCUUGGCACAAAUCUACGCGACCGAUGUUGAGGAAGAGAAACUUAUUGAAGAGGUCCGCCACCUCAAUGCUCUGAAGCGAUCCAAUCUUUUUGGUCCAAAAAAAUCUCUCACUUUCAUGACGUUAUUGAAUGGAAUAUACCAGAAAGGUCUUCAGCUGCUCUUCGAAUCAGUCUGCAUUUUGCUGUGCAUCUUCAACACCAUCCCUGUUUCUGUUGCGGAAGGCUAG